AUGAAGAAUGAUCAACAGUUCUACCGCUGGCGACGCUCAAUCUCAGAGUUUAGGAGGAGCCGGAGUAAUUCCUCCGGAUCUCAAAACCCUAAUCGCAGAAGAAGAUACUCUCGUUCCAAGAGGAGCUUCGAUUCCGAUUUGGACACCAGUUUGAAGAAUGACGAUGGUGAUGAUGAUAAGACUGAAAACAAUGAGGCACUGCACAACCACCACCACCGGCACAGGGAGGAGGUUAGGGUUUCGUCUCCUUCUAGAAUGCGACUCCACAGGUCUUGCAGUAAAGAAAGAAGAAUAAGUAUAUCCCCUAGUAGGAGGUCUGAGUCACCUUUUCGUAGUCUAAACAUCGGGGCGACGGACGUCGGCAGUAGCAAUAGGCCGGCGAAGAUGGUUUCAGUUCCGGUAACUAACAAGAGCAACAAUGGUGGUGCCGAACAACCAAAUACCAGUACAGUGAAGAGGAUUCACGUGAAGCGAAAUGUAUCUCCGGCGAGGACACACCUUCAGGUUUUCACCAACAACCCAAGCCAAGAGCAAAUCGACAGAGGGGAGACUGAUCCUUUGCGUCAUAGAAGGAAAUCGUUAGCAGAGAUUGACAACAACGCCGGUAGAACUCCACAGUCCAGUAACCCAAAAAUGGCUGCGAUGGUUCCUCCAAGAACCCGAAGGUUAUCUCGUGAUCUAGACAUGAAUACAGAAACGAUAUCUGAUCCUACUCCACCAUCUUACGCUAGUUUUCUCUCUUCUUUGAAAGAAAUCAUGGACUAUGAUUGA